AUGCGACCUCUCUUUUCCAUUCGCUCUGACAUUGUUCGGCACUUUUCUUCUGCUAUCCGACCUUUCUUUAAUUCGGCAGAAAAACUGUUCAGAGAAAUAAUGAAACCACAUUUAACCUUUGAAGAAUGCGCAAGUCUGUAUGCGAAUACGAACACAAAAUCAAUGAGUCUUGCAACCCUUAUGAUUACUUUGUGCUCUAAGCAUAAACGGUCCGAAGUGGAAAGAAGGAAAUAUAUUGAUGAAUUGAAAAAUAUUAUUCAUCAUUUUGAUGAAGGCUCUGCCACUAUUAGAACCAUUGAUAUUGCCAUUUCUACAUUAGUGCAUGAAGAAGGCUAUGAUGAAGUUGUAACUCUUGUUAGAAAACUUGGAAAUUCAUCACUUGCUUCUCUGAAGAGUUUUAGAUUGGAUCAAAUCUUAAAAGUUCUCUCAAGUUAUCCGAAUGAUUUUGAAUUGGAUAUUGCCAAACAUAUAUUUUCUGUUUUACUUGAAAGAAAACAAGUCAGUUUAUACGCCUACAAUUACUAUGCACAGUGUUUGUUUAAAUAUAAUUUUGAAGAGGGGAUGACAUUAUUACAUGAAAUGAAUGCUCAAAAAAUCAAAAUUUUUGAUAAUCUGUUUAUUUCCUCAUUGACUUUCUCUUUAAAGAAAAACAAACAAAAAGAAAGUAGAAUGAUUUGCUCAAUGAUUGAACAUUCCAAAACUACCAACAAAGUGCUAUUAACCACAAUGGUGAAUUUUUAUAACAAAUGUGAAGACUAUGAUAAGGCAAUUGAAAUUACUAGAAACGUUAGCAGUGAUGGAUUGGAUACAACUUCAUAUAAUUGUUUAAUUCAAUCCUAUAUUGGAAAAAGUGAUUUAAAUAGAGCAAUAGAGAUGCUUGCUGAAAUGCAACAGCAAAAUAUUUCACCCGACUCGGCCACAUUUACAAUUAUUUUAACUGCUUGUGCUGACAGUAAGAAUUACGAACAAGGGUUGAAAGUACUUUAG